ACCAAGUACUGGAGUGACCAUAGAAAUGGAAUUUCUUUUGCUUUCUAUUCUCUCUUCUCUCUUCUCUCUUCUCAUUGUCUUAAGCUUUCUACCGCGACCUCGUCGCGGGAACCUACCACCAAGCCCGCCUUUCGCUCUUCCAUUGAUAGGUCAUAUCCAUCUCGUCAAACAUCCCGUCCAUCGAACGUUUCACAAAAUCUCCAAAAAGUUCGGACCGAUUUUCUCUCUUCGAUUCGGUUCACGUCUCAUUGUAGUUGUAUCAUCUUCUUCUGCCGUGCAAGAAUGCUUUACAAAGAACGAUAUUGUUCUUGCAAAUCGGCCAAUAAUGAAGAGUGGGAAGUACUUAGCAUACAAUUACACCACCUUGGGGUCCUCCCCUUACGGCGAACAUUGGCGAAACCUCCGUCGAAUCAGCGCCCUCGAGGUAUUGUCGACAAGUCGUCUUAAUUCUUUCGUGGGAAUCCGAGAAGAUGAGAUUAAACGUUUGAUGCAUAGAUUAUGCGGCGAUUCUUUGGAAGAGUUUGCAGUGGUGGAAGUGGAGCCAUUGUUUUUAGAUCUUACGUUUAGUAUUGUCAUGAGAAUGUUGGCUGGGAAGAAGUAUUAUGGGGACGACAUGUCGGAGGAUUCGAGGCAAUCGAGGAAGUUUAGGGAGGUGGUGACACAGAUUCUAGCUCAUGCUGUGUCGUGGAAUCCAGGAGAUUUCAUUCCCAUGUGGAACUUGAUUGAUCCAAGUGGUUUGGAGAAGAGGAUAAUGAAGCUUGGACAGAGAGCUGAUGAACUCUUUCAAGGAUUAAUUGAUGAGAUUCGGAAUCAGAACAAUGGAGGAAACACCAUGAUUGACCAUUUACUUGGCUUGCAAAACACACAGCCAGAAUAUUAUAGUGAUCAAGUUAUCAAAGGCAUUAUUCAGGAUAUAAUAUUAGCAGGGAUUGACACUUCAGCAGUGACCAUAGAAUGGGCACUAUCUCAUCUGCUAAACAAUCCAGAUGUUUUAAAGAAAGCAAGAACUGAGAUAGAUUAUUGCAUUGGACAAGAGCGUAUGGUAAAUGAAGCUGAUUUAUCGAGUUUGAGUUACCUACAAGGAAUAAUCUCCGAGACUCUACGGCUAACUCCCACAGGUCCUAUCCUCAUCCCACAUUGUGCAUCUGAAGACUGCAAAGUAGAAGGUUACGACAUUCCACGUGACACCAUUGUAUUGGUGAACGCUUGGGCUAUACAUAGAGAUCCAAAUUUAUGGGAAGAUGCUAAAAGUUUUAAGCCGGAAAGGCAUACAAAUGCAAUAAGACCUAACACAUAUGAACUACUCCCAUUUGGUGUUGGAAGGAGAGCAUGUCCUGGCAUGGGAAUGGCACAACGAGUAGUUGGCUUGACUUUGGCAUCUUUGAUUCAAUGUUUUGAGUGGAAAAGAGUGAGCAGCUCACUAGUUGACAUGACUGAAGGUGAAGGAACAACUAUGCCAAAAGCUCAACCAUUGAUUGCCAAGUGUAAACCACAUCCAAUCAUGAAAGUUAUUCUCAGCAAAAAUAAUUGACCAACAUGAGCUCGAGGUUUUCUUUGUCACUCCCAAAACUUCUUCGUUUUCAAAGGAACUAGACUUUGGACGGGUCAACCCUCUUUUUUAUGUGCCGCUUUACGAUUAAAGAAUAUUUGAAAAUAGAUUUCCAAAAACUAGUAAAAGGAUGUAACUAUGAAUAUUCUGAUUUUGAAAUAAUGGAAACUAUUACAUAUGCGUGUAUGUAGAAUAGAAUAAAUUAUAGUUGUAAUGGAAGUUAAGUUUGUUUGUGUGA